AUGGAGCAAUACAACUCCCCUCGCCAGCCUCAGAAGAAGCAAAAAGCAGGAUUUAAGAAAUUUCCUAUGCCAAGUGCCAACUCAUUUCAGACAUUGUUACAAAAUAUAAAUCACAGUCAUUGCCUUCCAUUUCACCGAGUCAUAAUUUUCUCAACACAACUCCCCCCCCCCCCCCCCCCNGAAGUUUUACUAGCAAUCUUGCUUCCUCCUCUUGGUGUUUGCCUCCGCCAUGGUUGCUGCACUGUGGAGUUCUUGAUUUGCUUGGUGUUGACCAUAUUGGGCUAUGUUCCUGGAAUUAUCUAUGCUCUCUAUGCUAUCCUUUGUGUUGACCGUGAACCACCAUAUGAUCAUUAUCGCGAUCUUGCUUAAAAAAUUCUAUUUUUCUAAAUCUUUUUCAUUUGCCUUGUUGAAUACACCAUUUCAGAUUGUGUUGUUGUUGUCUUGUUUCAGCUUGUAUUUUACUUCUUUGCUUGUAAUUUAGACUUGAACUUUGGAUGAAUUGUACCCUAUGUCACUUGUUCUGAAAUCUGAAUCAACUGUUGCAGUUUUAAUUUA